AUGGCCAAAGAAGGUUUCAAACGUCGGUUUGAUUAUGUUUUGAAAUAUACUGACACAGUUGCUGAGUUCGAGCAUUAUUGGAAUAGUCUUUUGGCUGAUUACAAUUGCGCUAAACAUUCAUGGAUAAUAAGAUUAAAUAGUUUGAAGGAGAAAUGGUGUCCUUCAUAUAACAAAGAUUGGUUUUCUGGGGGUGUUUUGUCUUCUCAAAGGAGUGAGACUACAAAUCAUUCUAUUUCUAGGAGGUUGCAUAAAACGAAUGGUUUAUGUGAUUUUUAUAAGUGUUUUUUAGAUGUAAUUGAUGAAUGGAGAAGUAAGGAGAACAAGGGAGAUUAUAAUUCUUCUACUGGAAAUAGAUAUUACGCAUGUGCGGAUAACAUGUUAUGUUUGCAUGCGCGGGAUGUGUAUACCAUUGCAAUAUAUUUGAUAUUUGAGCAACGAUUCAUCAAAGCAAUUGGUUUGAGGUGUCAACGCAUUUCCUAUGAGUUUCCAGUUUCUAAGUACAUUGUUGGGCAUCCUACAAAGGAUUUUAUUAGACAUGUUGUGAUGUUUAAUGAGCAAGAGAUGGUUGUUGAUUGUACUUGCAAGUCAUAUGGAGAGAUAGGAGUUCUUUGUUCUCAUAUUCUUCGAGUUUUCAUUGUCCAUAAUGUUGAAGAGAUUCCCAAACAAUACAUUAUGAAGAGAUGGACCAAAAAGGCUAUGAACACGAUUGUUGAAGAAGGAGAAGAUAGAGAUAAUGAAGUAAGUGUUGUUUCUGCUUCAGUUUGGAGGAUGCAAAGCAUAAGAAAUUGCAUUAAAGUUAUAAAUGAAGCUCAACAUUGUCCGGCUGCAAGGAAGCUUAUUGAUUUGGGUGUGUUGGAUAUGUCAUGCAAAGUAAAGGAGUAUAUUGGUGGUAUUGAAGGGGAUGGUAAUGUAUCAAACAAUUUUGCCGGAUGUUGUGGAACCGAUUGCUGA